UAUCACUGAAACAUAUAUACGAUGUCUAAAGGUCGCGCGUUCAUUCCGGUCGUCUUUGCGGUCGGUUUUGGAGUUGCCAAUGCUCUCUGGGCUUUCGGUCCAGCAUUCGAGGAGCAAGCUCAAGAGCGGGCGGAGAAAGCUAGGAGGCUAGAGGAAGGUGAUAAACCGCUGGACAAGGAGGUUACCGCAUCGAUAAAAGCGGCAGCUGAUGCAAGCCGCUCAGAGGCAACUGCUGAAGCUCUCCAAAGCAAAUCAAACGUUUGGCAGACGGCUGCAAAGUUCUGGGAUAAACCUUCAAAUAUUUCAUCACCCACCAAUGAAAUAUCCCAGACAAUUACGAAGGGCCAAAAGCCUGAUGAGUCGUCGAAGUAGUAGCUGAGCUGGGCUUAGAACGGAAGUUUGACGUGUCACAUUCGGAAUAGAGUUGUAUUAUGUUAGACUGAGAGAUUUGCGAUGGAAGGUUAUAUGUACGAGUAUAUGUUGGUGAUUUACUUGGAGGAGUUCUCAGGAUAGAGGUGUAUAAUAGAUGGAUGUUCAAUGACUGGGUGUUUCUUUAAUCGUCGGAAAUUUGGACCAGGAAAUAAGAGUCACUUAGUGGCUAAAGACAACCCAUAGGCCCUGCUGCUGAUUUGAGUGUUUAUAGCAACUGUGGAUAGGAUAAAGGGCUCUCAGAUACUCAAGGCUAUGAGUAGCCCAUAGGCUCUGUCGCCACUUUAAGUGUUUAUAGUAACUCUAAUAAAAUACGGGAUCUUGACAACUGAAAGCAGUCAUUAAUAUAUUGCUG